AUGACUGAAGAGAGAAGCCAAAUAUGUUGGCUGUUUUACAUUCUGGAGACACCAAACAAAGAAGCCCACACCCAGCCUCUACCCUCUCUGUCCCUCCCAGUCCAAAUCUCUGUUCUUCCCCCAUGGCACUCUCUCACCGUGUCUCAGGCUGAGUUGAGCCUCCUCUUUACCAACUCCAGCCCUUUCUCCUUUACAAAGUCUCUGCUGCUUAUGCCUCAUGCAGGAACAGACUCUAAACCAGUCCUCCAUGCUACCUUUGGUUCCUACUCUGUGACUCAGCUUGUUUCUGAACCUUUAGCUCAGUUUUCUGUACCUAUUGUUGCAUACCUGCUUUCCGAAACAGUUGACCAAAAAUGGGAUGAUGAAGGAAGGGAAGGUUUUACAGUCAGAGUGUUGUUCCACAUGAAAGGUGACUCAAGCAAAAGAACAUGUGUGACGCUUCAUGCUUUCAAACACACAGAGGAGCACAAAGCAUCCUGCAUUUCCCAGCCUCCUCUAGGGCUAUGUGUGGUCACCAUGACUUUACCAAAAGACUGGUUUAAGCCUGAUCAGACUGCUCAAUUAUACCAGAGCCAAAGAUUCAGACAACGGCAUCCAUACAGACUCUGGUCCCAUAACCGCAGCCAAUGGGGAAAAAACUUCCCAGCAUCUCUCAGGGCCAAACCUGGUGUUCUAAGGGAUAUGAUCAAGCUCUACUACUCUUCUAUUGGCAGUAUCACCAACCAUAAGAUAUCACCUCUAAGAUGCAUGGUGGACAAGCAUACACAGAGAAAUCUAUACUACAUUGGAUCUGUGGAUCUUCCGGAUAAAGAAACCAAAAGUAACAAACCAAUGCAAGGUUAUUCCUGCUCCAGUGAGCUAGAACAGGAUGAGAUAUGGCUGAAUCCAGACGUACUAAUUUACUAUAACAAGGGGCCUGUGCAAGUUGGACAACCAAUUGAAGUCUCAUUAAACAUAAGAACAAAUUUUAGUGGCGAUUUCCUCAUUGUAAAGCUUAAAAUGAAGAAAGGGUUACUGUCACUACAAGCCCAUCCAAACAAAAACUCUCACCUGUGGACUGUUAAAGUGGAGAAGACAUCAGGCAGCAAACAUGACACAAUUUCAAUAAUCUCUCAGAGAACUGGUACUGCUCUAGACAGAAGUGGCACCUCAGCGCUGCAACUGGUGGCCUGUUUCUCAUUUGAGGGCUUAUACAGGCGCUUUGGAGUUGCAAUGACAAUUCCAGUAACCUGGUGGGUGGAGGACAUCAUGCGCAAUAAGCCUGUUUCUCCAAAUGGGGCAGUAACAACUUUCUUCUCCUUUUUGGACAGAGAGAUAGUGGGCAUCGCUCCCAUUACAGUGAGCAACACAAUAAUGAACACAGCCAUCUUGUCAAGCCAACCUGUUUCCCUUCCGGUCUUAGUACUGGCAGUUGGGCAGGAUAGCAAAGUAUCGGAUAUUACUGCAGCAGUAAACUGUCAUUCAACCAAUGAAGACAUUGUUAAGGUAUCAAGUGAUUGCUCUGCUGUUUAUGUAGAUGGAAGUGAAUCUGGUGUGGGAAGUACCUGUGUCAAGGUGGUGUUUUCUCUGGGCAUGAUCAGAGGGUCUUUAUGCCUGGCUGUGUGGACUCCAGUAGUUCCUCUCCGAAUCUCUCUAUCUGACACUGUCCUGAGCCCCAUUGCAGGCUGGAGCUACUAUACAGACACCAGAUGCAUUCCAGUUUAUCAAAGGGCUACCGUACAGAUUCUUGCACAAUUCAGUGCCCAGUCAGCCCAGGGAAAACUUUCCUACAUGCUUAGUUCACCUGACUGGUUUGUAGAUGUGACAGAUCUAGUUCAUCAUUGCCUGAAGAUAGACAACUCUCGUGUUGCAGCUGUUCAAGAGAAAAAUUAUGUCAUUGGAUUAGAGCCUGGAGCUACUUCAUUAAAUCUUAUAUCUAGUCAGUGGGAUGGUGUGCUUGGCACUGCUGAUGUCAUUGUGACCUCUGAACCUGUGGCCCCUGGUGACCUUUCUGUGCAUUUAGUUGGUGGUCUUGGUCUGUCUUUCACCCCAAGCUCUUCAAAUCCUUCUGUCAUCACAGCGACUGUGACUUCUCAUAACACACUAUAUAACCAUGGGCAAGAAGCUUCUCUUAGUGUUUGGUUACAGUUUGGUGAUGACACUGCCACUCUGCUCUCUGCGUUUAGUCAGAUCCCUUUCUCGCUUCAUCUAUCCUCACUGGCUGAGUCUGUGGUUGCUAUAACACCUGCCCCGUUGCAGCGUGUCCUCGCAGAAGGAGAUGGUGGAGGGCCCCUUGUGAAAGCCGAGCUUCUGGUCUACACUUGUGAGCUUGUGUCUAACGACAAUAAAAUGGAUGAAAUCAAAGAGAGACGUGGGACUCAGAAACUUGCCAAAGGAUCAGGCUGGAUAAGAGUGAACCUAGAUGCAGACCUUUGGCCUCUAGAAAGUGAAGAUUCUGACUUUGAGAUGACUGAUGUAUCAGAUACAUUUGCAGAGUUAGACACAAAUCUGUACCGUAACUUUGAACAGGAACAAGAAAUACCUAAAUCUACUAACUAUGAUGACAGUGCAAGCAAUGACAUGAUUUCCUGGGACGACUUCGAGAGGGCCGUGUUGAAACCUGGCCAUGAGGAAAAUGCAAUGGAUUUUUCACCUGAUAUAGAGUAUGGAAUUGGGAACUUCGCAAAUCGAGAGUUAUUAUUUGGAGUUGGAGCUGUCUUCUGUUUGCUGUGUCUUUCCUCCCUUUUGUUUUUAGUCAACUCCAUGCCAUGUGUAAUGAGGGAACUUAGAAAGAGUCAAAGAAAAGAAAUUAGGGAACAGAUAGAGGUAGAAAUAUUCACUCAAGAAGAGUAAAAAAACAGGGAAAGAUGGGACAUGGGGUAAGAGGACGGCCCAGGGUAAUGGAAGUGGACACACUUGUCCCUGUCUGUCUAAGAUGAGAUAAACCUUUUCAAAUGUGAAUUA